GAACACAGUAUACUGUCCCAGGAGCACUGCUAAGAACAUUAUCAAGAUUCACCAUGAUCCCCAUGCUCAGAGUGCUGCUGUAUCUAGGUCUUACUGAGGAACAAAGGACUGCAGUACUAGCAGGUGACUGUCUCCAGCCAUCACAGUAUUUGAUACUUCCUUCUGAGGAACAGACCUCUUUAUUGAUCUCCAAUGGGUUAAUUCCUUAAAAUGGGCAUGGGAAGAGGACCCCUCACAAAACCCAUCAUCUGGGCUGAGCCAGGAUCGGUGAUUGCUAAAAAUACAUCUGUGACUAUUUGGUGUCAGGGGUCCUGGGAGGCCCAGGAGUACCUUCUGCAUAAAGAGGGAAGAGUAGAUCCUUGGGACAGACAGAUCUCUAUGGAAACCAGAAACAAGGCCAUGUUCUACAUCGAACACACAGAAACCAUCUAUACAGGAUUAUAUAAGUGUUACUAUAAUAGCUCUGCUGGCUUGUCAGAAUAUAGUAGUACUCUGGAGCUAGUGGUAACAGAAGCCCCAGCCUUACAGCACCAAGGACACACAGUUGAAGAUCUCACACAGAUGGUAAUGGCUGCCUUGGUUCUAGUGACUCUAGUGAUUGUGCUGUUAGAGGCUUGGUACAGCAAGAGAGUGGAACAAGAUGGAACCAGGACAUAAACAAGAAGACCUCUGGUUACUACAUUUGAGCAGACCAUGGGAAAGAAAUCUGAUGAUCUCACACAAUUGUGUAAAGAAAAGUUGACAUCCAUUAAGGAUCAGUACUCAGAGAAAGCUCAAGGAGCAAAUGGAUUCUGGGUGUAGGGUAUUGUGGGGAUUUCUGUCAAUAACAUUUUCCUUGCUCAGCUGUGCUCCUUUCCCCACACUUCACUGUAUUUUUUCACUUCUCCUUCUCUUCUGAUCUCCAUGUGUCAUGUAUGCCAUGGGCCAUACAAUUCUCUCACCUUCAAAUAACAUUUCCUUUACAUUUUAAGAGUAACUAUUGUUCAUCCUGUGCCUUUACCUGUGUCGCUCAAGAAAAGAACAUAUUUCUUUUUUUUAAGAUUUUUUAUUAUUUUAAUUAAAAAUACAUAAAAAGGUG